UCCAUCUAUAUAACCGUUUCACUAAAAAUCUGUAAGUCUCCUUAUAGCCGACAUGGAAAGAACUCAAGAACUCUAUGCCAAUGGUCUGCAGAACAUAGAAGCAAACCUGGCAGAUCAGGAGGAAAUGAAUAACACCAUAGAAAUCGAAUCAUCUCCCAUACCUCAACCAAAGAAUUAUAAAAGGUGGCUUCGUAUCUCCAUUUAUGUAUUCUUUUUCCUCUCCUGCCAAGCACUUUCCACAAUUCUUGGAAGAUUGUACUUUGAAAAUGGUGGUAAGAGCACAUGGAUGGGGACACUUGUCCAACUAAUAGGCUUCCCUGUUCUGUUUCUCUUCCGCUUCUUUUCCAAAAUCAAAACACCAAAAUCAACAGAUACAAGUUUCAGACAGUUCCCUUCCUUCAUCACUCUUGGAUCAGUUUACAUUGUCACAGGACUAUUAGUGUCUGCUAAUUCUUAUAUGUCCUCAGUAGGGCUACUCUACUUACCAGUUUCAAAUUUCUCUCUUAUCUUAGCCUCACAACUAGCCUUCACUGCCUUUUUUUCAUAUUUCCUAAACUCUCAAAAAUUCACACCUUUCAUAGUCAACUCUUUGUUUCUCCUUACUAUCUCCUCUGCUCUCCUUGUUGUCAACACUGAGUCACAAAGCACAGCAGAUGUUUCUAGAGUAAAGUAUGUGAUAGGGAUCAUAUGCACCAUUGGUGCUUCUGCUGGCAUUGGACUGCUUCUAUCUCUAGUACAACUGAUCCUCAGGAAAGUUUUAAGGAACCAUACUGUCUCAACGGUCGUGGACUUGGUUGCUUACCAAUCUCUAGUUGCAAGCUGUGUGGUUCUCAUAGGACUCUUUGCAAGUGGGGAGUGGGAAACUUUGACAAGUGAGAUGGACAACUACAAACUUGGGAAAGGGCCAUAUGUUUUGACUUUGGCCUCCAUAGCUAUUUCAUGGCAAGUUUACACCAUUGGUGUUGUGGGGUUGAUCUUUGAGUCGUCUUCUGUGUUCUCUAAUUCCAUAACUGCUGUGGGAUUGCCUAUUGUUCCUGUUGUGGCAGUGAUAGUUUUUGGUGAUAAAAUGAAUACGUCUAAGAUCUUCUCCAUCAUUUUAGCUAUAUGGGGUUUCAUUUCAUUCGUCUAUCAGCACUACCUAGAUGAAAAGAAGUUGAAGCUUAGCCAUACAGAUCAUGUAGGAGGUCCUCCUCUACCUGUUGAUGAAGGUCGCACAAACAUACAAAUCGUAUAA